UGCUCUUUCUGUCAAUCGAAACUUCAAAUCGAAAUUUCUUUUUGCUGCUUUAAGUACGAUUGUUUUAUUAGUUCGUGAUUUAGCGUAAAUUGUCGUUAUAAACUUGGAAAUUGGCUAUUUCAGUUUGUGUAACGUAUUAAGAACAUUGAAAUCAAAUGUAAACAGUGUUAUCCAUCCAGUUCAAUACGAAAAACAUUCCUAUUUUGUCAAAACAAAGACUUCCCAUACCAAUAAUGUCUACGUAUUCAUCGACCCAGCAAAGCGGAAACAAUGCCAACUCGGAGGCAUUAUUCCAGAAACAUUCUCAAACAAUUGCAACGAGCAUACAAAAAAUUCUUCAAAAUGUUUCAACCAUGAAUCGUAUGGUGAAUCAAAUCGGCACGGUUCAGGAAACAAACGAUUUAAGGCCACAACUACAUCAAAUUCGAACGUAUACUCAGCAGCUAGUCAAAGACACUGAUGGAAUUUUGAAAGAUUUGGUUAACAACAAUAAUGACAGACAUCUCAAAAUUCAGAGGGAACGUUUAGUUGACGAAUUUACAACGGCAUUGACAUCGUUUCAGGCCGUGCAACGAAAAACCGUUGAAGUAGAAAAGAAAGCCGUACAAGCAGCUCGUGCAAAUACCUAUAAAUUACCGAAACCACCCGGCUCUUACAACAGUCAAAAUAGUAACAAAUCCAUUUUCGAAAAUAAUUUCGUCGACAACAGAGGACCCACUCAAAUACAAAUGCAAGACGACCCCGAUUUGCAGGCACUUGAGGAACAAGAACGUACCAUCCGAGAGUUAGAAGAAAAUAUUGUUGGUGUCAAUGAGAUUUAUAAAAAAUUGGGCGCAUUGGUCUAUGAACAGGGUCUAGUGGUUGAUUCGAUUGAAUCGUCCGUGGAGCAAACGAGCGUUUUCGUGGCGGAGGGAACUGAUCAGUUACGCAAGGCUAGUCAAUAUCAAAAUAAAUUGCGUAAAAAGAAGGUAAUCAUUGCGAUUAUAAUUGUUAUCGUCCUAGCAAUAUUGAUUACGCUUAUAUGCUGGCAAACGAAUUAGCCAAUUUCGUUGGGUGAUUUCAUUUUUUAAAUUGCAAUUUUUAUCAUGAAAAAAACAUUAGUUUAGGAUGUGCAAGAAAACGAGAUCCAUAAAAAAAGAUUUACGACUUGCACACCAUUACCCAGUAACUUCAAAAACAAAAUCGUUCACUUCAACUUUCGGUGUCAAAUGCUGACAUCGCUGAAUUGAAAUUAAAUUCGAAAAAUUCAUCUUUUUUUUAAAGAAAAAGUAUUAGAGAAACAUAAAAUCGUUUCGCAUAUUAUAGCAGUGUCAUGUCGGACAUUUAUUUGAAAAUCUGUGCGCGAGGAGAUGGUGAUGAUAAUGAAAUUAAAAUUAAAUUAUUCUACUUAUCAGAAAUAUUAUAAAAAAAAUAAAAAUAAAAGAAUGGCAAAUAUUUUAAGGAGCAAAAGUUUAAUGUAUUUGUUAAAAUGCGAUAUUAUUACUAAAAGAAAAAUUAAAAUAAAAAUAUUUACGAGCAAAAGACCAA